AUGAAUGUGACAAAUCAGGCUCAACGAGAAGAAGAAAACCGAAUGGAAGGAACAACUAAAAGCACUGUUAUGUGUUCUCCAUUGCUUUUCGCACCAGUUGCACCAAAACACCACACCAAUGUCGAUAUAGUCGCUUCUUCAGAGUCGCGAGUGCCAGACCGACCGGAAAAUGUGCGGGUACGGACGACAGCCACCACGGCCACACUUUGGUGGGAUCCGCCGUCUGACAAGAGUAUAUUGGUACGCGGCUAUACUGUGUCGUAUGGAGUCGCAACACCGUCGCGACGAAUAGUCAUAGAGGGUCCCAACACGAACUCCUUCACGCUGAAUCGACUAGAACCCGACACGGAAUACGUUUUUUCUGUUAGCGCCUACAACGAAGCAGAUGGUGAAGACGGCGAACCAGUUCUGCUAUCGGCUAGGACACUACAAAAUGAUGGAACGGUUGCCGUAUCGUGGGAGGAUCCGAAUCCGGAACAGGACAUCGAAAACGAAAUCGACGGAACUCAAAGACACUAUCUCAUACAAUACGGUAUUUAUCAAUCGGAAGAAUUGUCGAAGAUGCGUUCAAAUUCACGACAUGUGCUACUAUCCGGUCUUCUACCCGGCAAGGAGUACGAGGUAGCGGUGAAGGUGGUUGGUGACGAUGGACGCGAGAGUCCUUGGAGCAUCAGAGACGUCGUGCUCACACCGCCAGAUCCUUCACAAAAGAUAUCACAAUACGAUUGGGAUUGUGAUUUCGAGAAGGACUUGUGCGGUAUGCGAAACGGCGAUGGUGUCCACUGGAUCCGCGCCGGCGGAACACCGGCAGCUGAGAGCGGUAUGAGUUUGCCGAUGUUUCUUAGCCAGAAAAUUAGUUAA